UUGCUUUAUAUAGUGCAGAGUUAUGGGCCGCUCUGCCCCGGGACUGUUAGACUGCAGCCGCACAAUCUGUCCGUUUUUUGUUCUCCUGUAUUGAUAAGAAACACGUGAAGAGCCUCUGUGCUCCGCUGCCAUCACUUCUUCCAUCUCUGUCAUCUCUAUCCAGUCGACAGAACAUCAGGCUCAUCUGCAAAGGGACAAAAUGAAUGGGACAGUGGACGGGAUGUACGACCAUGCUCCUCAUGACGGCUCCUUCAUGUUUACCUCUGAGUCUGUGGGAGAGGGACACCCCGAUAAGAUAUGUGACCAGAUCAGUGAUGCUGUGCUGGACGCUCACCUGAUGCAGGACCCGGAUGCUAAAGUGGCCUGUGAGACGGUGUGUAAGACCGGCAUGGUGCUGCUCUGUGGUGAGAUCACGUCUCGAGCCAACGUGGACUACCAGAAGGUGGUGAGAGACACAAUCCGAGACAUCGGAUACGACAACUCAGACAAAGGCUUUGACUAUAAGACCUGUAACUUGUUGGUGGCCCUCGAGCAGCAGUCCCCUGACAUCGCACAGGGAGUCCAUAUUGAUCGACACGAGAGUGACAUCGGAGCUGGAGACCAGGGUCUGAUGUUUGGAUACGCCACGGAUGAGACAGAGGAGUUAAUGCCCCUCACCGUUGUCCUCGCACACAAACUCAACGCCAAGAUGGCCGAACUGAGACGUAAUGGGACUGUCCCCUGGCUCCGCCCCGACUCCAAGACACAGGUGACGGUUCACUACACCCAAGAGAACGGAGCUGUGAUCCCCAAGAGGGUUCACACUGUGGUGAUCUCAGCGCAGCAUGAUGACAAUGUGAGUCUAGAGGAGCAGAAGAAGGUCCUGAAGGAGAAGGUCAUCAAGGCCGUGGUCCCAUCGAGGUACCUGGACGAGGACACUGUCUACCACCUGCAGCCCAGCGGACGCUUUGUCAUCGGCGGACCACAGGGCGAUGCUGGAGUGACGGGCAGGAAGAUCAUCGUCGACACAUACGGGGGCUGGGGGGCUCACGGCGGCGGGGCUUUCUCUGGGAAGGACUACACCAAGGUGGACCGCUCAGCUGCCUACGCCGCCCGCUGGGUGGCAAAGUCUCUGGUGAAGGCCAAACUGUGCAGGAGGGUGCUGGUGCAGGUGGCGUAUGCGAUCGGAGUGGCCCACCCGCUCUCCAUCUCCCUCUUCACCUUCGGCUCCUCUCACCUGAGCGAGAAGCAGCUGCUGCAGAUCGUCAACAAAAACUUUGACCUCAGACCCGGCGUCAUCGUCAGUGACCUGGACCUGAAGAGACCCAUCUACCAGAAGACGGCCUGCUACGGACACUUUGGCAGGAAAGAGUUCCCCUGGGAGGUCCCAAAGAACCUCAAAUUCUAGAUAGAGUGUGUGUGUGUGUGUGUGUGUGUGUGUGUGUGUGAGAUGUAUAGACAGCUGUCCUCGUGCUGCUGUAACCCAGUAAGAGGAAGGCAGCUGGGAGGGAUGGAUCGGAGUGGGAGCAGAUAAUCUCCAGUGAUUGGAUGAGAGGAAGGCGGUUCCAUCUGUAAUUUACGACCCCUCAAUAGUAACAUGAAAUAUGAGCGAGCCAUGUGGUAUUUUUGUCCCGUAGAUUCAGUGUACAGUCACAUGCAACCAUUUUCUGUCCAGGAAUAAGUGAAUGACCAAAUUUAAAGGGAGAGCAGUCACGCAUGUGUUUAAAUACGCUUUCAUGUCUUAAAAAAAAUCUCCUUCUUUGUUUGUUGAUGUCAAUAUUUUUAUAUGAUUCAAACUGUGCGCUGCAGGUUUUAGUGUUACUGAAGCCUUCUUUACAUCUUAAAGCUUUUACAUACAGAAAAAAAGUUUUUGUUUGUUUGUUUUUCAGCAUGAAUCAAACCUUCACCCUGAAUCUACUGUUUCGAUCUGUGUCCAAGGUAAAAUUGUUAUUUAUUAAGUUUCAUAUAAAAAGACCUGCAGACACUUGAUCUCCACAAAACAAAGAUGAGGUCACAGAAGAUAAAUAGCAGAUAUAUAUUUAAAAGUCCAGAGUAGUUUCUGUGCUGCACGCAUCCUACAGUGACACUUUUGAAUCAGUGUAGUGCCCACGCUGUAGCCUGACCUGCACCUCCCCAGAAAUGUAACUACAUGUCGUGGUGACGGGACCCAACCCAAAUCUUGCGGGAGCGGGCGGUUUGAACUUUGCUGCGGGCGGGAACGGGCAGCUAAAAAAACACUGCGUGAUGAGGAUGUAGCCUAUAGCGACAGGAUGGAGUUCACAAAUGUUGUGGAAAAGAAGCUCAAACAAGGUCUGAAGGCGCACUGAGCCCUCUACUUCCCAGCGCUCUCAAAGCUGGUGCGUUUCAUCUUCAGCAUCCCUGCAUCCAGUGCGCCUUCAGAGCGGGCCUUGAGUGUCUGUGGGCGCAUCUUGGAAGAGAGACGCAAAGGAUUGGGACCGCAGUCGGUCAGCAACAUUCUCUUCCUCCACAGCAAUAUAAUGGCCAAGUGAUUCAUUUGUUAAAUUCAUUUCUUUCAUUCGUUAACUUUGUUUAUUUUAUGUUAUUUAUUAGUGUUAUUUGAGCCACUCACAGACUACUCUCGUUGCUAUUUGUUAAUUAGCCUACAUAAAGAGGUGUGAUGAUCAUAGGCUUUAUCUUUAUCUCAUUAAUGUUUCUUAUUCAGGUCUCUCUCAGAAAAGAGACCUUAACCUCAAUCACUGCGUGAUUAUAUAAAGGUAGAAAAAUAAAUAAAUACAGAGGAGGAGAAUAGAAUAUGAAACAGCCUUUAUUUCAUUAAAAACUGAAUGAA